AAAACCUCACCUUCAACCACCCAAAACCCUAAACCCACAAUCUAUACUUGACAUAAUCAAGCAAUGUCGAACAGUAACAGAGCUAGAACAAAUCUGCGCCUCAAUGAUCAAGACCAACACAAUCCAAGACUCUUUCUUCACCAACCAACUCAUCACCGCCUCUUCCUCCCUUUCCCGCCUAAACCACGCAGCUCUCGCCUUUUCCCACAUCCAAAACCCAAACGCCUUCGUCUACAACGCUAUGAUCAAAGCCUCUGUUCACUGCGGACACCCAUUUCAGGGUCUACUCUGUUUCAUCAAUAUGUUGAGAAACAGAGUCUUCCCUACUAGCUAUACUUACCCGUCUCUGAUCAAGGCCUGUGCCUCGGUUUCCGUGAUGGGUUUUGGAGAGGGUGUCCAUGGACGUGUCUGGAAAACUGGGUUUGAUUCACAUGUGUAUGUUCAGACUGCUCUGAUUGAUUUGUACUCGAAGCUGGGACGUGUUGGUGAUGCCCGAAAGGUGUUUGAUGAAAUGCCUGACAGAGAUGGGUUUGCGUGGACUACGAUGGUUGCUUCUCAUGUUCGUGUUGGGGAUAUGAGCUCGGCGAGGGUGUUGUUUGAUGAGAUGUUAGAGAGGUGUAUAGCGAAUGCGGCUACUUGGAAUACUAUGAUUGAUGGAUACGCGAGGCUCGGUGAUGUUGAGUCUGCAGGGAUGUUGUUUGAUCAAAUGCCAGCCAGGGAUUUGAUCUCGUGGACAGCAAUGAUUAAUUGUUAUUGUCAGAACAAGAGAUUCGGAGAAGCGUUGGCUGUGUUUGAUGAGAUGAGGAUCAAUGGGGUUAGUCCUGAUGCAGUGACCAUGUCAACUGUUGUUUCGGCUUGUGCUCAUCUGGGGGCUUUAGACUUGGGGAAAGAGAUACAUUAUUAUGUAAUGCGGAAUGGGUUUGAUCUUGAUGUUUAUAUUGGGUCUGCGUUGAUUGAUAUGUAUGCGAAAUGUGGUGCAUUGGACAGAGCUCUUGUGGUUUUCUUUAACUUGCGGGAGAAGAAUCUGUUCUGUUGGAAUUCAGUUAUUGAAGGGCUUGCGGCUCAUGGAGAUGCCGAAAAAGCACUAGCAAUGUUUAGCAAGAUGGCCAGGGAGAAGAUCAAGCCAAAUGGGGUUACUUUUGUAAGUGUUUUAAGUGCCUGCACCCAUGCCGGGCUAGUAGAAGAAGGGCGUAGGAGAUUUUCAAGCAUGACCCAAGAUUAUUCCAUUUCACCUGGAGCUGAACAUUAUGGAUGCAUGGUGGAUCUAUUAAGCAGAGCUGGCUUGCUUGACGAUGCAUUAGAGUUGAUAAGAAGCAUGAAACUAAAACCUAACUCUGUUAUCUGGGGUGCCUUGUUGGGUGGAUGCAAGCUUCAUAAAAAUCUGGAGAUUGCAAAAGUUUCGGUCAAUGAAUUGAUGGUGUUGGAGCCAAACAAUAGUGGGCAUUACAACCUUAUAGUUAACAUGUACGCCGACGUCAAUCGCUGGGGAGAAGUUGCAGAUGUACGAGCAAUUAUGAAGCAACUGGGAGUACAAAAGACAUCUCCUGGGUCCAGCUGGAUUGAAAUCGAAAGGAAAAUCCAUACAUUCGCAGCAUCUGACAAGUCUCAUGCAGCUUCUGGUGAAAUUCACUCGUUUCUUGCAGAACUAUACGGGCAGAUGAAGCUUGAUGUAUAUCUUCCUGAACUUGCUUCUGCCUUGUAG